AUGGAAGCACUGAACAGGUCUUUAUACGACUUGAAACAUCACGAUGUGGAGAUUGCUUCGUUGCGGAUCGACGUCAAUGAAAAUUUCAACGCCUUGACUGCUGCCCGCAAAUCUAAAUUGCGAUACUUUCUGUUGACACCCCACGAUUUCGCUGAAUGGUUGCAAGAUAUCAACAAAUUAACCAAUUUUGGGCUCCGAUAUCGAGCCACCAUUGAAUUCUAUGAAUUUUUGGUGCUGGAGUAUCCCGUUGCCGCAAAUUGGUACCGAUAUAUUGGGUGUGUGAUUGAAAAUGAAAAGGAGACGCUGACUGAAAAGGAGCAAAACAAGAAAAAUGGAAACAAUGAACAGAUAAGAUCCUCAGUCUCUGUUUCUGUGCUUUUUAAUCGAGCUCUUUCGGUUGUCAGUUGUGAUUUUAAAGAUGCCCAUUUGGUUUACAACCAGUAUUUCGAAUACUGUACUCGAAACUUGCAAAAUGAAGAUUCGUCAACAAUUGAUAGUUUGUGGAAAGUAUGGCUUUCAGUCCUUUCCGCAAGCCAUGCCGACCUCGAAAAUACCUUCAAACAAGCGUCGUCUUUUGUGUCUAAAUACUACUCCAAUUCCUACGAACUGCACAUGUUGCAAGCCAACAAGGUAUACCAGCGAUCCCAGAAGUUGGCCAACUAUUAUAUCAAGCUUGAAAAUGCUAUAAAGACACCCAACUUGCCGCAACCAUGGUGCGACUAUUUGGAACAUAUCGCCACAUACGCCGAAGAUGCUUCCACCAGACUUCGUGUAACUUUAGCCAGGUCUCGAAUAGAAUCCGAGGCUGCUGGCACAACCCAAUGGGUUCCAGUAUGGCUCUCGUUCCUCUACGGGACGUAUAAGCUUCACUUGGAUACCGAGACACAUCUUUACAAUUUUGUUCGAGCUUUUCCUAAUUCUGCUGUGAGUUACGGUGAGUAUAUCAGAAGCUGCCAAUCUUUUGAGGAGCCGGAACUCAAGUUUCGUCUGAUGCUCGACCGCAUUGAGCACAUAGAUUUGAUCAAUACAGCCAGCUAUGAUGACUGGAAGGUGGUCGCAUUAGCGGUCCUUUUCUACGAGCACAAAGCUUUGGGUGGUGUUCCAGAUCAUCUCAAACUUUACGUGAACCAUGCGUUUCGACACAAUGAUGUUUUCCAUGCUGUGGAAAAACUAGCAGUUUCAAUUGCUGCACAAAAAGACGAUAUCAAGCUCGCAAACUCAAUCACCAUGGAUUUGGUUCGUCAUUUUCCUGAUCAGUGUGAGGUGUGGCUCUUUGCAGGACAGUUCCAGCAGGCACAUGGAAUCCCUUACAAGAAAGUAGCAAAGUUUUACCGAGACGCCGUAAUGGAGUGUCUGAAAAUGGACUGGCCAGAACGCAUUAUUCAAGAAGCACUAAAUUUUGAACUUGCUCAUGGCACUCUUGAUUCUUAUAAUGAAAUGAUGCUUGUGGCUAACAGAGAGCUCAAGAAGGUGUUGACAUCUCCGGCACAACUUCCAAUCGAUAUCGAACCUCAACCCAACGAAGAAAAACCUGCUGCCAGGAAUCGAGAAAGUCUCAAGAUAAAAGUUGAAAACAUACCCAAAUCUGCCACGGAAAACGAUCUUAAGCUGAUAUUCUCCGACUGUGGAGAAAUUGCCGACUCUGUGCUCGUUGACUCUGGAUUGCAUUACGAAGCGACCUUGGAAUUUCGAACCGAACAGGCAUUAAUGGCAGCACUAACCAAGGACAAAAAAGCCAUAAACGGCCAGCACAUUGCCGUGUCUCAGCUCCGUGAAGCUAUAAUAUGGGUGAGUAAUUUUCCGCCUAGUUUUAGCCAAAGCGAAGUCAAGGCACUAUUUGAAGAUUGUGGUCAAAUUGUGAGUGCUCGAUUUCCCUCGUUGAAAAGUGGCCGAGAACGUCGGUUUUGCUACCUUGAGUUCACAAAGCCAGAGUCAGCAGCAGCAGCAGUCAAGAAACACAAUGGCACCAAAUUGAGCGACAAAAUUAGCGGUGAUUCUUUCAAGUUGGUGGUUGCAAUCUCACGGCCACCCAAAAAAAUUGAAACAAGAAAACAAGUAAUGCACCGCCAGGUGUGUGUGAAGAACCUCGACUACUAUACUACGGAGUCGGAACUAAGAACAGUUUUUGAAAAGCACGGAGAGUUGGAGGAAAUCUCGCUUCCUAUCAAAAAAGACAUGAGAAACAAGGGCCAUGUAAAUGGAGGAUAUGCUUUUGUGACAUUCAAAACCGAGCCCUCGGCACUCAAUGCCCUCAAUGCUGACGGAGAAUUGAUCAGGAAUCGUAAAGUUCACGUCUACAAAGCACAACCUCAGGUGUCAAUCUACAACCCAUCAGACUACGAUGACCAAAGAACAAUAACUAUCACAGGAUUUCCCGAUUCGGUCCGACAAGAACAGUUGGAAGCAUUUAUGGCUGAGCACUUUGGAACCGUCAGCAAGUCGUUCCUAGACCACGAAACUGGCAGCGCCGUAAUCGAAUUUUCAGAUUCCGAAACCACCAAGUCGGCCCUCCAAAUUGAGUCUACAAUUUUUGACGGAAAUACUUUAAGAGUUGGCCCCAAAUCCAGUUUCAGAAACCCUCAAAAAGGCACCACCACAGAGCCAAAGCGGAAACUCAUGGUCCCCACCGUCGUGGCCACAAAGAGAAAGCGUACCAAGUAG